CACAGUACUACAAUUCAGCAUGUUUCUCGAAUAACAUCCCACAGAAACAUCAACUAAAGGCGUGUCGCUCAUGUUCUGAUUCACAUCGUGGUUUUGCUUAUUUUCCUUUACGAGACAACCAUCUUUUUCCAUCCAGAUGUGGAGCCAAUGAGGAGCCUCUCUGUUUCAAGAGAAGGAAGGAGGCGGAGGAAGGAAUGCUGCAGGAUGCUUAUUAUUAUGGCUGUCAAAACCAGUGGCGAUUAGAUAAAACAUCCUUUUUCAUGUCAGAUUAACGACGAUGAUAGGCACCAUGUCCGCAGCAGCUGUCGCGGUAUGGCUUGGUACGGUUUUCAUUGUGCAUGCCUAUGAUGUCACACAUGCAACUUUUCAUGAGAGAAAUGCCCAAAAGGAGCUAUCCAUGGGCUUGAAGCAGAGAGCAACCCUGUACAGAGAUGUGGUCACCAUCUUGUCGAGAUCGCAUGCAGACCGUAACGUCUACCCAUCUGCAGGAGUGCUGUUCGUCCAUGUUCUAGAGAGAGAGUAUUUCAAAGGAGAAUUUCCUCCCUACCCAAAAGCAGGUGAGUCCAGCAAUGACCCGAUCACUUUCAACACCAACCUGAUGGGCUACCCCGACAGGCCGGGCUGGCUGCGCUACAUCCAGCGGACGCAGCACAGCGACGGGGUCCUUUACGGCUCCCCCACCGCAGAGCAUGUCGGCAAACCCUCCGUCAUAGAGAUUACCGCCUACAACCGACGCACUUUCGAGACGGCACGGCACAACUUGGUCAUAAACAUCAUGGGCACAGAAGAGUUCCCCCUACCUUUCCAGGCGGAGUUUUACAUCAAAAACAUGAACGUGGAGGAGAUGCUGGCCAGUGAGGUGCUGGGGGACUUUCUGGGAGCGGUGAAGAACGUAUGGCAGCCUGAGCGCCUCAACGCCAUCAACAUCACCUCAGCGCUAGACCGUGGCGGCCGCGUGCCUCUGCCCAUCAACAACCUGAAGGAAGGAGUGUAUGUGAUGGUUGGUGCCGAUGUCCCCUUCUCGUCGUGCCUGCGGGAGGUGGAGAGCCCACACAACCAGCUGCGCUGCAGUCAGGAGAUGGAGCCCGCCAUCAGCUGUGACAAGAAGUUCAGAGCUCAGUUUAACAUAGACUGGUGUAAGAUCUCUCUGGUUGACAUCAACAAAGUAGUGCCAGUAUACAUAACCCGUCCCGAGCCGGGCAACGGGAUCCUGCCUGAAUUUGGGGUAUACGACCCCCCCUCUGAGACUCUGAUGAUCCGGAACUACUUUUCAGACUUCCUUAUCACGCUGGCUGUUCCCUCCGCCGUGGCACUAGUCCUCCUCUUCAUCCUCGGCUACACUAUGUGCUGCCGUCGGGAAGGGUUGGAAAAAAGAAACAUGCAAACACCAGACAUCCAGCUUGUUCACCACAACUCCAUCCAGAAGUCCUCCAAGGAGCUGCGGAGCAUGUCUAAGAACCGGGAGAUCUCCUGGCCCCUCUCCACCCUGCCCGUUUUCAACCCAGUGAGCGGAGAGGUGGUGCCGCCCAUCCACCCCGACAACUACGAGACGACCAGCAUGCCCCUCAUGCAGACACAGACGAAUCUGCAAAACCAGAUUACGAUACCACAGCAACGGCCAUCAGGAGAUAGUUAUGUCAUGUCAACAUUUCGAAGGCUGGAGGUAAAUGGUAUUCCUGAGGAGAGAAAGGUGGCCGAAGCAAUGAAUUUGUGACCAGCGACAACGGUGUUAGAGUUUUUGAUUUCAUAUUCAUAUAUAUCUUUGUUUUUUCUAACAUUUGUGCCAAUCUGCAUGCCCCAGAAGUGUCUUUAUUGUCCAUAUGCACUUACACUUCCAGGAGAGAGUCUGACUGAUCAAAAACAGCGUAAUGAUUUCUAAAGUACACUUUAAUAUUUUGAAAUAAUGUAUUUGUAAAUGUUAAGACUGUUUUAAUUAAUACUUGCUUUGCACAAUGGACCUCUCGAGGAAAAGGGAGUUUUACAUGACAUGCUUUAGUUGUCAUGUGUUAUAAUAUGUAUCAUGUGUCACAUGAUAACAAUAAAUCCUUUCAAAAGCA